AUGGCUGGUGGCAGGCUCAAGUAUCAAGAUCUUCCACCAGGCAACCGAGAGGCGCUCCUCGCUGCGUUGUACGAGAAUUCUGUCCACGAUGUCAGUACACUCCUUGAAUUCCUUGGCGAAGAUGAAAACGCUGGCAAUAGCCUUAGCUCGGCUCUCCUCCUUGUCGCCGGAGAACGCAACAUUGAGCACGGUGCAGCGGAAGUUGCUGAAGAAGAUGGGCUUGAAGUCGAUCACCCGCCUUUUACUCCUGAAGCUUCGGCUUUGGAUGACACUUCAACGACUGGCCGCAGUCCGGAGCCGCCUACCAUAUCUCAGGGAUCUCCAUCCACCAAUACCGAGCUCGCAUGUCUGAAUCUGAAUGGCCUCUCUCUCCGCGACGAUAGGUCUUCCGCGUCGAGCAUAGCAUCAUUGCCCAUGGAGGCGCCAAUGGCGGCGUCUCUCGUCCUACCAACACACUUGCUCGUCACGAAACACUCGCCGAUCUGCCUUUAUCUCAUUCUCGCGCUCACGCCGCUCAUCAAGAAGGUCGUACCAUGCCCCAAUUUGAUAUUCCCCGAGAUGCCCGACGGAGUUCUGAGUCUCCCACAAGGACCCCGGUUGCCCGAGCCCACGUCCGUGAUACUCCCGGGGAUCACCCCCACCCAACGAACGACGCAGGAAGAUCGCCACCAGCCAAUCCGUUUUCCUUCGCUGCCGUUAGGUGCCGGCCGCAUUGAGGUCAGCGACACGUCAUCCGACAACGACUUGUACGCCGAUUUUGACGAUCGCGAACUUCUCGCCAUUCCGCUCGACGGUUCUGGAGGGCACGCCACAGUUCCCUCGAAUGUGGAUUCUGACGAAUCUGAUGCUGAACUCGAGUCCAUACACUUUGCCUCUCCUUCUGCGCUCUCCGAGUUCAAUGCACUUCCUUCCGCCCCGCUCCCCCCUCUGCUCCUCUCGCCAGCGGUGGCUCAGCAUCCGACGGCCCACCUCAAGGAGAUCGCAGAGCGUUUUGGUAUCAGACCCUUCGAACAGCCGCACACAACACCUGUCACCCCCCCUGCUGCCCUAGAUUCCUAUCUCUUCCGACCUUACAGACUGCACACACCGGUCCCUACUUCAUCCUCCAACGGAGGCCUCCAUUCCACUCCCAGUGCGUCCCCGCCUCCGGCCCACCCGCCGAUGGUCCUGUGGGCCGUGACCUGCGUCCAGGUUCCUUUCCUUGGGAGGUUCGUCACGCUGGUGGAGGGCAGUCGACGGCUAGUCAAAGCGCGUCAACCGUCUUGCGCCCAGGUCCCUUUCCCGAUCGUCCUCGGGAGGUUCGUCAUGCUGGUGGCGAACGGUCAACACCUAGUCAAAGCGAGCAAACCGUCGUGCCCAUCAGGUCUCGGCGCAUUCCGGCUAUCGCCUCUUCUGCUGAAUCUCCCCAAGGUUUUGCAGUGCACCCGCGUCCAUUUCCUGAUCGUCCGCGAGACGUUCCUCGCGCUGGCGGUGCUCGAGCAUGCUGCCUCCCCGCCUCCCCCCCCGAUUUUUGGCUUUCUCACUAGUCACUCAGCGCGUACGCCUCCACCCCCGUACCGGGCUGUUGACGACCAGCCCUUGUGCGAGCUUGAUCGUCCAAACAUGUAUCAUACUCCGUCCAACGUUGCUCGUGCGGAGUCUCAGCUUUCUGAAGUUACCGAAUAUCAUCUGCCGCCGCCUAGCGAGCAGGCCGGUCCAGGAACUUUUUACGUCGUCACUGUCGGACACAAAGUGGGCGUUUGGGCCGACUGGACUGAAACGGCGAUCCACGUGCUGGGUUGUCCGUCGAAUGUCAUUCGCUCCUACCGGACGUUCGAUCGGGCUCACAAGGCUUUCUUACAUGCGUUGCAGGAGCGGAAGGGCAAAUGUGGCGACAAGGGAGAGCGGUGCGAGGGGCAGGAAGAGCCGACGAGUCGUUUCGGCGAGGAUUGCGACCACCACCUAUCGCCGCAUCCGAGUGUUUGGGAGGCCGAUAACCUCGCCGCCGUGUGGAUCCAGAAGGAUUGGUGGUAUGGGCAGAAGCAGCUUGCGGACUCGAUGGUACAGUGUCCGCGGGACUCCUUUAGGUUAAUGUCGUCCACGCCGGGCACUUCCGAUAUCAGCUUGGCUCCCACCACCGUGUCUCCUCAUGGCACUACCUCUUCUCCUGCCGCCGCUGCCUCUCCCGUUUAUUACGUUCACAACGGCGUGGUUAUUGACGAUGAACCCGUUAGCAAGUCAGGCUCGCGAUGGGCAUCUCCAGAGGAUGAGCUCUUCUUGGAAUCCUGGAAGGCCGGAUUCUGGGCAGCUCGAGAGUCUGCAAGGAACAGCGAGUCAGGCCUUGCUUCGUUUAUGCAGAGGCUCUUUGAACGUUACUGGAAGGAACGUACGAACGCUGUUCCGUUCACACCGAAGGAGCUGCUUGCCGUUGGAGGGGACCUCGAAGCUGCGUCUAAGCUUCCUACGUUUCGCGGUCGUCGUGUGAAACGUCAGAAGCAACUACGUUACUGGUUGGAUAACAAGUGUCGCGCAACGGUCGACUGCGUCGCGGCGUCUAAGGGACUCAAGAACUUGAUCGAGAAGCUUCGCCCGAAGGCAAACAACCUCAUGAAAUCUUGCUAUGCCUACGAACGCCUGUACUCGGACCUCAAUCUCAAGGAGCAGUUCAAAGAGACGGUCUGGAAACCGUAUGUGCUGGAACUUCUGAAGCACGACCAGAUUCCGGGACCGGCGGUCAAUCAGUUCGCGAAAUGGCUAACCGAGCGGCUGGAGAACGAGACACCGGAGGUGAAGAAGGCCGUGGAGGAAUACCGACAGAAGGUCAAGCAGGAGAGCGACUUGUACCAACUUGUCGUACCUGCCACGGAGACGGAGCGCGAGAGAGUGAUCCGACUUCACAAGUCGAUUCAAAUUCUUCCUUCGCUGGUCCAAGAGGAGGCUUCUGUCGUCAAGGAGAUGACGGGUUUCGUAUCGUUCCGCAUGCUGGGUGGCCCCACCCCAGGAGCCAAUGGUGCUCUGACGAUCAUUGUGUGGUCGGAUGGCGAAACUGCAGACGGUGUCAAGUUCGAAGACUGGUGGCCAUUGUAUGAAGCAAAUAUUUACACACCGUUCGUGCAGUUUCUGAACCUCGUCUUUCCACCUGAAGUCCGCGCCAAAGUGUCGUUACGAGUAGUUGCCAACGAGGAGGAGGCUAAGAGGUUGAUGGCCGAUGUCGCGGCGUUCCAUAUUGAUGGCGCUCCUCUCGUUGAGGAAUCCGACGAAACCGAUGCCGUAUCCGAUGCUGAAGUCCCAUCGAAGCGGGCCAAGGCUAAGGCCAAAGCCAAGCCCAAGAACGCAAACAAGCGCAAGCGCGUGGCAAAGGCACCGGCGUAUACCAACCAACUUGUCGACAUCCCGGCUGGGGACUUGAGCAAGUUAACGCCUACUUCAUCGAACGAGGGCGGCGCUCGGCCUCCUCAAAGGUCGACAUCGACAUCAACGUCUGCUUCCGCAACCACGUCCACGUCUGACGCGUUUACGUUCUCCUCGUCGGAUUCCUCGUCUGCCACGUCCUCGGAGGACUCGUCGUCUGCCACGUCCUCGGCGGACUCGUCGUCCGCCACGUCCUCGGCGGACUCGUCGUCUGCCAUGUCCUCGGUGGACUCAUCGUCUGCCACGUCCACAACGGAGUCAUUGCUCUCGUCGUCUGCAACGACCACGACGGAGUCAUCGCUCUCGUCGUCGCUCUCGUCGUCUGCCACAUCCACCGAGACACCAUCCGCUUCCACGGCAGCACCGUCGGCCACAUCCAUGACACCACCGUCUAACAAGUCCACGACGGCUGAUCCGACAACUCCCCGCGCUCACGUGUCUGCGAUGCCCCCAAAGCCCAGACCUCGACCGUUGAAAAAGAAGGCUCGUCGCGUCGCUCUAUCGGACGAGGAAGAGGGGGAUACCACGGUCGCUGGGCAUCGUUUUGACGUCGCGCCUAUUCCUCAACUAUUCCCGAAUGGCGGUCAUUCCCCGGAGGAUCCGGCGUCUCCACUAGCACGUCCACCCCCAGCCACUGCACCAGCAGUUCUGUUGAGGUGUGCUCAAAAGCCGGCGGCCCGCGAUCGCGGUUCGUCCGCUGACGCCGAUGAGGAUUCGGAGGACGAGGACGCAAACGAAGGGCCUGGAUUGUCUCUGCCUACGCCGCGUGCCUCAAAUUCGACGACGUCGCUUCCAUCGCGAGAGCAACACCGUGCCGCUACACCAGACGAAGACUUGUUCCCGGAGUUUCCCCCGGGCCAGAUGCAGUAUCUGGUCAGCAAAGCGCAGAACCUUGAUACUUCGGAUGCACCAAACUGGCUGAAGGCGGUGGUCGCACGGCUUCGACUGGAGAAGUCAUGGCCUGGCACGACAUGCUACAAGACUCUCGUGCCUGCGUUUGAGGCUUUUGAGCUUGCCGAAGGGUUCGACGGGGAGGAAGAUAACCGCAGGUUCCCUACCGUCGCAGAGCGGCCGGAGGAAAUAGGAGCGUGGAUCCGGCGUGGCCGCCCCGAUGGCCGUCAUCCCAAGAUUGAUGAUGUCCCUGCUUACACUAACGACCUGUACACAUGGUAUCGCAAGCUGCAGCCCGGUUGGAGGAGGAAGGCCACAUCUCUUCCAUUUUCCCGUGACACCAGCAAGUUCUACUGGGGCCGCCUUUGCUGCAACGCCAAGAGCGGCUUUUUCUUGCUAAUCCAGGCGCUUAGUUGGGGAUUUACCUGGGCCGAGGAUAAGGCGUCUCUCAAGUUGCUGGAAGACCUUGCAGCAGAUAUGGAAUGGGUCUUGAAGGCCAUGACGGUGGUUCUCCAGGAUAGAGCACUCAGGGCCAAGUUGGACGAUCCAGCGUUUGACGAUACCGUGGACCUUAGUGAGGAUGAGGAUGAGGACGUCGAUGAGGAUGACGAGGAUAUAAGAAUUACGAAGAAGCGGAAGAUCGCGUCUCGUAGUAUGUCGUCUCGCGUCAAGAAAGGCAACACAAAGCCGUCGUUUGCGAAGACCAAAGGAGGGGCUAGAGCACGGUCGUCGCGGUGCGUGAACGUCCGCGGACUGCUGAUCUUCAGCGACUGA